GCUUUUGGAAGAGAAGAAAAUAGAUAGCAACGAAAGCAAUAUUUAAUUUUAUAACGAACAAAUUUAUAUAGAAUUUUAUAUUUAACUUUUAUUUUGAAAUAUAAUCAUUACAGAGAAAGUGUUUAUUACAGGUACAAGAAUUUAUGUGUAUAAUCAGAUAGGUUAAGAGCACUUCGAUUACUAAUAAUCAGUGAAAGACAAGAGCCAUCAAAAAAUCUUUGCUGACUUAUUUUUGAUAAGCUGCUGGACUAUUCUAAUUUAACGUUUAAGAAAUAUAAACUUAAGUUAUAUCCGAUUGUGCUUGAGUUAAUAUUUAAUAUCAGGUAAUAUGGAAGAGCCAAUAUCAGCUUUUGCCAUGCAUGCAGCAAAACGUAAAAACAUAGAACAGUUAUUGAGUAAAAAGAAAAAAAAGCAGAAAGCUUUUCACAAAGAAGGAAAAGAUGUUAAACAAGCAAGCACAAAGAAAAAGAUGGGAUGCAACAAAUUGAAAUUAAAAAUUAUGAAAGAAGAGAAUAAGAAAAAUAAAAAGGCUGCUAAGAAGAAAACAGUAACUGCUUAUACUAUUCAUAUAAAACCAAAAGAAGAGGAAACAGAAAGCAGGGAAAAUAUUUUAAAUGAGGCAAAUUCAAGUCACUUGAAAACAGAUACAAAUUACUCAAGUAUUAAGCUAAAUGAUUCUGAUGAUCCUUGGAAUCCUAUUGAUGAAUGUGAUAAACUAUUUAGGUGGAUAUUGUAUCCUAUGCCUAAGGCACAAUUCUUCUCACGACAGUGGCAAAAAAAUCCAUUACAUAUAAAAAGAAAUACGUGUACUUAUCAUAAGAUCCUUUUAUCAAUGUCUAUAUUUGAAGAAACGUUGAGAGAUAAUAACGUUCUAUUUACUAAAAACCUUGACAUAACCUCUUACUCUAAUGGAGUAAAAGAGACUCAUAAUCCUCCUGGUCGCGCUUAUCCGAGUGUUGUUUGGGACUAUUUUAAAAACAAUUGCUCUAUUAGGAUGUUAAAUCCUCAAAUAUUUAUACCCAGGAUACAUGCUUUGAAUGCUACUCUCCAAGAAUUCUUUGGUUGCUUUGUUGGUGCUAAUAUAUAUCUCACGCCACCUAAUAGCCAAGGUUUCGCUCCUCAUUAUGAUGAUGUGGAAGCAUUUAUUUUGCAAAUCGAGGGUGAAAAGAGAUGGAAACUAUAUGAGCCACUUAAACCAAGUCAAAAGUUGUCAAGGUAUUCCUCAAAGAAUUUUGAUGAGUCGGAGUUAGGAGAGCCAAUAAUGGAUAAGAUUGUCAGCGCUGGAGAUUUGUUGUAUCUACCACGAGGAAUCAUCCAUCAAGCAAUGGCUCUCGAUUCUUACAGCUUGCACAUCACAGUAAGCGUGUUUCAAAGAAAUAGUUGGUGCGACCUUUUUGAAAAAUUGCUUCCACAAGCUCUAAAGCAAGCCACCAAAAGAGAUAUUCGUUUUCGUGAAGGAUUACCGGUUAAUUACUUAACAUUUGUCGGUUGUCAAUACGACGAUGGCCCAUUGGCCAAAGAAUAUUUCAAGACUCUUGUUAAGAGGUUGUUCACUGAGCUAUUUGAAUAUAUUGAUAUUGACCAUGCAGCCGAUUUGAUGGCCAAACGUCAGAUCCACGAUUCUCUGCCCCCUUAUAUCUUUAAGCCAGAACGUAAGUAUACAAUACUAGAAGACGGUGAGAACACGGGCUGUACUGGGCCAAAGCGUUAUGGGAAAAUUAAGCUUUCGACUGAGAUACGAUUAUUAAGAUUGCAUUGCAUCAGGUUAAUAAAAGAAGGUAAAGUAUAUAAAAUAUAUUACUCUACCGAAAAUUCUAAAGAAUACCACGAAUAUGAGCUACAAUAUUUAGAAAUUGAUAAAGAAUUUGUGCCUGCGAUUAAACAAAUAAUAGGAGCCUAUCCUAAUUUUAUAUCUGUGAAGGAUCUGAAAAUCAAAAAUGCUGACACAAAGAUUCAAGUAGUGAAAGAUCUUUGGGAAAAAAAUUUAAUUAUAACGAAGGUUCCUUUGAACUGUGUACCUCAUUAAGAAGAGAAAGAACUAAAAUAUAGGUUCUUUUUUUUAAGAAGAGAAAAAACCGAAAACCUGGACGGAGCAUUUCAUGAGGAAUAGCUGUAAGAGAUAAUGAUAAAGAAUGAUGUGGCAUAAUUUCAGUUAAAUUCGGUUAUUUCGAUUUUUUCGUGAGUGUUAUAUACAUGGUGUUAUGUACAUGUAUAAUCACCAUGGUCAUAUACGAAUGUUACUUUUUUUGUAGCUAUCGUCAUAGUUAUCAAAAAAAGCAUGAGAUAUAAGCUGAAUGAUACCGAGUUGAAAUUAUCUCAUUUACGUCUGAUUCAAGAGAUUUUCCUUUGCUGCUAAACUUGAACUCCCUUUGCCUUAAUCGACAGCGUAUGUUCCGUCCAAGUUAAUUUUUUUUUAUCCGUAAUACAAAGCUCUUCAUUCAAAUAUCUAAAAUAUAUGGUACAUGUAGUUUAUCUGUUUCAAAAAAAUAAUUUUUGAUUGUGUUCUUGUACGAAACGGACAAUAGUAAAGUAUUAUAAGUAAAAAAUUGUGUACAAUGAUAUUAGGCCGGUAUUCAUAGUCGGUUCUUAUUUCAAGACCUCUUGAUUAAUGUCAUAAAACGCUAAUGCGGCCCUCUGAUUGGUUCGCGAUACCUCAAGACCAAACUUAAUUAUUGAAUACCGGUCACAGUACUGAAUGUCAGCAGUAUGAUAUCAACAGUACUUGAUUCCUGUUGUAAUUUUUAUAAUUUGUAUUAGCUCUUAUAAUAUAUUUUACAUUUUAUAAUUUCUUCUUUAUAUGUAUACGAUGGUUCCUAAUUAUUAAUCAAUGUUUAGAAGAUGGAUCUAGAUGUUUUGAAUUUUAUGACAAAUAGAGACUGUACGACAUAUUAAAUUUAUCCAUGUCAUUACUUUUGUAUUAAAUCAAACUGGAAUAAAACGCUUUUAAGAGCCGACGCCGGUUAUUGUUGCAUAAUCAAUUUUAUUAUGUAUUACAGAAAUUCAAACGUUUUGACUCACGGUUAGGGGUCUUCCUCUCAAUGAAUAAGUUAAG